AUGGGAGUCCCAGCUUUUUACCGGUGGCUCGCCGACCGUUACCCACUCUCGAUCGCCGAUGUAGUCGAAGAAGAACCAGCCGUCACCGACGACGGCGUUCCUUUGCCUAUUGACGCGUCUACACCAAAUCCCAACGGAAUGGAGUUCGACAACCUGUACUUGGACAUGAACGGCAUCAUUCAUCCUUGUUUUCACCCUGAUGGCAAACCAGCACCAGCUACCUACGAUGAGGUGUUUCAAUUGAUAUUUGAUUAUGUUGACCAUCUCUUUUUGUUGGUUCGUCCGAGGAAGCUUCUCUACUUUGCAACUGAUGGUGUUGCACCACGAGCAAAAAUGAAUCAGCAACGUUCUCGACGCUUCCGAGCUGCAAAAGAUGCAGCUGAGGCUGAAGCAGAAGAGGAAAGGCUGAGGAAAGAAUUAAUCAGUGAGGGAACACUUUUGCCUUCCAAAGAUAAGCCCGAGACUUCAGACUCAAAUGUCAUUACCCCUGGUACUAAAUUUAUGGCAGCUCUGUCAGUGGCUCUUCAGUCUUAUGUACAGACUAGAUUGAACCUCAGCCCUGCCUGGAAAAAUAUAAAGGUUAUACUUUCUGAUUCAAAUGUUCCUGGUGAGGGAGAACAUAAAAUAAUGGAAUACAUCCGGUUACAACGUAAUGUUCCUGGUUUCAAUCCGAAUACUCGCCAUUGUUUGUAUGGAUUGGAUGCUGAUUUGAUUAUGCUCUCCUUAGCUACUCAUGAGGUUCACUUCUCAAUAUUGAGGGAGGUAAUUACUUUACCUGGACAACAGGACAAGUGUUAUGUGUGUGGCCAAGUUGGCCAUUAUGCAGCUGAUUGUCAUGGUAAGCCAGAAACUAAAAUUGAGGACGGGAGUCCUGCUGAUGAUAAACCAAUUCACAAGAAGAAAUAUCAGUUUCUUAACAUCUGGGUGCUUCGUGAAUAUUUGCAAUAUGAAUUGGAGAUUCCCAACCCUCCUUUUGAGAUUGACUUUGAACGAGUAGUGGAUGAUUUUGUAUUUCUAUGCUUCUUUGUCGGCAACGACUUUCUUCCUCAUAUGCCAACAUUAGAGAUCAGGGAGGGAGCUAUAAAUUUACUGAUGCAUCUAUAUAGAAAGAAGUUUACUGCCAUGGGUGGCUAUCUUACUCAUGCGGGCGAGGUUUUCUUAGAUAGAGUGGAAUACUUUAUUCAAUCUGUUGCUGUUCAUGAAGAUCAAAUCUUUCAGAAACGAGUUCGAAUUCAGGAGGUGGCAGAAAAUAAUGAAGAGAUGAGAGCUAGGGCAAGAGGAGUAAUGCUUCAAGAGCCACGACCCUCACUUUCCGAUAAGGUCAAGUUAGGGCAGCCUGGAUACAAAGAAAGGUAUUAUGUUGAAAAGUUUGGUGUAUCAAGUCUGGAGGAGAUUGAUAAAAUUAAGAAAGAUGUAGUUUUGAAAUACGUGGAAGGCCUUUGUUGGGUUUGCCAGUAUUAUUAUAAUGGCGUAUGCUCAUGGAAAUGGUACUACCCAUAUCAUUAUGCUCCUUUUGCUUCUGAUCUUAAAGAUCUCCCUAAUCUAGAAAUAAUUUUUUCGCCGGGAGAGCCAUUCAAACCAUUUGAUCAGCUUAUGGGAGUCCUACCUGCUUCAAGUUCAAAUGCACUGCCUGAAAAAUAUAGGGAUUUGAUGACCAAUCCUUCAUCACCAAUUUUCCACUUCUACCCUGCUGAUUUUGAGAUUGAUAUGAGUGGGAAAAAAUUUGCAUGGCAGGGUGUUGCCAAAUUGCCAUUUAUUGACGAGAAGAAAUUACUUGCCGCCACAAGGAAGCUUGAAGACACGUUAACAAUGCAGGAGGACGAACAAAUUCGGAAUAGUGUGAUGCUUGAUUUGCUUUAUGUCAACCGUGCUCAUGAUUUGGCUUCACAUAUUUUAUUGUAUUACCAAGUUUAUGGCCAAUUACCUACUCAUGAAAGAUGUGUUUCACCGAUUGAAGCAAAUGCUAGUGGUGGGAUGAACGGAUAUCUUUGGGCAUGUGAGAGAAAUGUUUUGAGCUCUAAUGUAUUGUCUCCCAUUGAUGGAUUGCCAGAUAUUGAGAGUAAUCAAGUCUUAAAUAUUACAUAUCUUAAUCCUUCUAAGCAUAGACACAUCCCAAGACCUCCAGAUGGCGUAGUGAUACCCAAAAAGUUAGUAAAAGACAUUGAUAUCAAACCUUUUCCUAUGCUAUGGCAUGAAGACAUUGCUGGUCGGGGACAGCAAGGCAGGGAAAGGCCACAGUUACCUGGAGCAAUAACUGGAUUUCAAUUAGGAGAAGCAGCUCAUCGUCUUGUCAAGAACACCCUUAACAUUAAAUGGAAUAAUACAUCUCAUGUACGGACAGAGCAACCUCCAGUUCGCCAUACAGUGAACAGGUUCCAGUCAACUGGACCAUCUGGAUAUGGAACAUAUUAUGGUGAGAGCACAGACAGUUAUAAUGGAGAAUAUAAUCACCAUGGUGUAAUGACUAGACAUAGAUAUCCAGUCUCAUCUAAUGGUGGGCACAUAAACAGGCAGAAUUUUAGAAUACGAGAUAGGUCACGGCAUCAAGAACAACUUCAAAAUGUGAACAAUGGGUUUUCUUCUCUAACAAUGGAGGAAGGAUCGAGACCUACACCAUCGAGGCAGUCAAUUUCUCGACCAGCAACCAAUUUUGAACCCCAAUAUGUGCAGAACACAGGUCCUCCAGCAACACCUCCAAAGUGGAAUGCUAAAGCACCUAUAAAUGGAAUAUAUACUAGGCAUCAAGAAGCUACAUAUGGGGCAGUACCUCGUGAUAAGCCGGUGAAGAAGGUUUACCAAGUUAAAACACGGUUGCCCCAAGAAACUCCAGACUGUGGGAAUCAAUAG